AUGCCUCCUGCAGCAGCAACUAAUCUAGGCUAUACCCCACCGGAUGGAGGUUGGGGCUGGGCUGUGGUCUUUGGGGGGUUCAUCUCCAUAGGUUUCUCUUAUGCGUUUCCCAAGUCUCUCACUGUCUACUUUAAGGAAAUUCAGGAAUAUUUUUCAGUUUCCUACAGUGAGAUCGCCUGGGUGUCUUCAGUCAUGCUUGCCUCUAUGUAUGCAGGAGGACCUGUGAGCAGUAUACUUGUCAACCGCUACGGCAGCAGACCUGUGGUUCUGCUCGGUGGACUCAUGGUUGGUGCUGCCAUGGUGCUCGCUUCUUAUGGCACUACUAUCAUACAUCUGUAUGUUUGUGUUGGAUUAAUAGGAGGUUUCGGCCUCGCCUUCAACCUGCAGCCAGCGCUGACAAUCAUAGGCACCUACUUUCAGGUCAGAAGGCCACUGGCAAAUGGGCUCGCAAUGACAGGAAGCCCAGUUAUUCUGUUCAUUCUGGCUCCUCUCAACCAGUUUCUGUUUGAUUCUUUUGGCUGGAGGGGUAGCUUCCUCAUCCUGGGAUCCAUUGGUUUGAACUGCUGUGUAGCUGGUGCUCUGAUGAGACCAGUCGGUAAAAGUAUCCAACCCAAACCAAAGACCGAACCACCAGAGUGUGACGCGGCAGUCGCUGAGAAAGCUGAAGCUGUGGACACCACUGAACAAUUCAUAGAUCUCUCACUAUUCACACACCGGGGCUUCCUAAUUUAUCUCAUUGGUAAUGUGGUCAUGUUUUUUGGCUUUUUUGCACCUUUGGUUUUUCUAGCUCCAUAUGCGAAGCAUCAAGGGUUUGAUGACUAUUCAUCAGCUUUAUUACUCUCUAUUUUGGCCCUAGCAGACAUGUUUGUCAGACCAGCAACUGGCUUCAUUGGCAACAGCAAGUGGAUUAGGCCACGCAUCCAAUAUUUCUUCAGUUUUGCUGUUUCAUACAGCGGCGUAUGUCACCUUUUGUGCCCUCUGGCAUCAGGAUAUGUGGGUCUGGUUGUUUACGCCGUCUUCUCUGGUUUGGGUUUUGGGAUGGUUUCUGCUCUGCUCUUUGAAGUUCUGAUGGAUCUUGUUGGAGCUCAUCGCUUCUCCACGGCUGUUGGGCUUGUCACCAUUAUUGAGUGUGGACCAGUGCUUCUUGGACCUCCAAUUUCAGGAGCCUUGGUGGAUAUUUCUGGGGAAUACAAAUACAUGUACUAUGCAUGUGGAUUAUUUAUGCUGGUGCCCGGUAUAUUCCUCUUCAUCAUGCAUUACUACAACUACAAGAAACUGGACGAGGAGCAGAGGCAGAGUGUGGCUGUGGAAAUGAAAACUUCUGAAGAGACAGUAAAACUUCAAAUAGGCCUGGAUGAUAAAACAGCACAUGAAGCAGAUAGAUGA